UUUUUUCUCUCUUCUACAAGUAGGAGGAGGCGGAAUCUGGUUACAGCAACAGCAAACUUGUAACUUAUCUCGCAGCAGCCAAGAGGGAGAAGAAGGAGAAGAAAAAAAAAACAGCCGCUCAAUAAUUUACACAUCUGCGCCUGGUGGUUACAAAACGAGGCCAACGAGGAAAAGGACGAGAUACAAAAGCGGAGAUCCAAUAAAACAAGUGGACAUUAAACUUUUUUUGGGGGGGGGAGUGGGAGACAAACAUGUUGUGAAGCUGCAGCGAUGGAAAGCUGAGCGGAUUUUGCUCUACUUCUCACUUUGAUGCCUCUCGUGUCCCGCUGAAGCUGACAGAAAGCCUUGACCAUGGACUCCUUCAGCACCAAGAGCUUAGCCCUCCAGGCGCAGAAGAAGCUGAUGAGCAAGAUGGCCACCAAGAGCGUGGCCAGCCUCUUCAUCGACGACACCAGCAGCGAAGUGCUGGACGAGCUGUACCGCGUCACCAAGGAGUACACCCGCAACCGCAAAGAGUCCCAGAAGAUCAUCAAAAACCUGAUCAAGAUGGUGGUGAAGCUGGGGGUGCUUUACAGAAAUAACCAGUUCAACGGCGAGGAGCUGAUUUUGGUGGAGAACUUCAGGAAAAAGGUCCACACUCUGGCCAUGACGGCGGUCAGUUUCCACCAGAUUGAGUUCACCUUUGACCGUCGUGUCAUGAGCGCCAUCUUGAACGAGUGCCGCGAACUCCUGCACCAGGCCAUUAGGCGCCACCUUACAGCCAAAAGCCACUCGCGAGUCAAUCAUGUCUUCAAUCACUUUGCCGACUGUGACUUCCUGGCAGCUUUGUACGGCCCCUCCGAGGUUUAUCGCGCCUACCUGCAGAGGAUCUGUAACGGGGUCAAUAAGAUGCUUGAUGAGGGGAGCCUCUGACCUCCUUUUACCUCGCCUUGCCAUCAGGCACGUUUACCUCUCGUCAGCGCGUCCUGCGGGAUUUCCUUCUCUUUUUUUUUCCCCCCUCAAAGAUGACAAUCAUGAACAUUUGUAUUUUCAUAUUUUGGCUUGUGUUUGUGUGCCUUUCAGAUGUUAUUGCAACACUGACAUUCUCUUGAUCUGUUUUUUUUUUCUUCCAAAGACUAUUUCUGCCUCAGCCAUACCCUCUGCUAACAUGUUUCUGUUUUUUGUUUCCAAAAUGAAUGUAAAUCUUCAGGCUUUUAUCAGUAUAUUCAGGUGUUGGAGUCUUGACAACUGUGCCUUGAAACAUGUAGUCUUUUUUUUUUUUUUUUUGCUUUCUCUCUUUUUCUCACUAAAAUAAAAAACAAACAAACAAAGAAAAGAGAAGGCAUGAAUCCAGGCGCAGGCCUUCAGCUGUAUCUCUGUGUUGUGCCUUUAAGGGACAUGCACCAAGAAAGGAGUUUCACAGGAUCUAAAGAAGUUUCUUUUAGUUUUGUUUUUUUUAUGUUUAAUUUUUUUCCUAAAAGUACUGUAGUGUUGCACUCAAUCUUUAACAAGCGCUGUAUUGUCUUUCUUUUGUAGUAGUGAAACCAAGUGAAGCACAGCCGCUGAAUAUUCCUGCUUAGCCUGCAUUUUUCCGCUCUCGCCACCAUGCACUGAACUGCUUUUUGCAGAGAGCCAGACCUUUUUUUUUUUUGUUGUUUUGAAGGAAACUGUAAACCCUGUUUGCAUCUGAUGUGUCUGGUUUCUAGCCACCACAACAAAGUGGAAGUAUUUGGGUUAUAGGGAAAGACCAUAAACAUGAAGGAAUGUGUUUGUGCUGUGUCCUGUUGAUUGUCUCGGAUGCGUGUCGGGCUGUACAGGAAGAAAAAAUAAAUAAAAAUCACAGAGAGGAUGCAACACAAUGCUGCGCCAGCUGUAAAGGAUGCUCAGGUGUUUCAUCAGAAGGGAACUCAGCACAAGCUCAGUUAAACUGCUUGUCAUCAUAGAUGCAGAAAGCCAGAGUAGCCUUCUUAACACAUUUAUAUUACAAGGACUCUGACUGAUCUGAACUUAAAUGACUCCCCCCCUCAAGCCGUCAGAUGAAAAGAGUCCGAAAACUCCAGCUCUGUGUGAAGGGCCAGGCCAGGCAUAAGAAUGAGAGCAGAGACAAACACACUACCUGAUUGUACUCUCCCACUGCAAUUAUAGCUCCCAACUCUGGGACGCUGUAAUGGCCUGGAGCUUGUUUCUGUCAGGCAGCCAGUCCAUCUCACCACACAGCAGCCUCAUGCAGACGGAUGGUCACGGCCAUCACUGUUCGCGUGAGGCAAGAUCUUUAAUGGAAUGAGAGAUGUUUUGUUUCUUCCCUCCUUUUUUUGAGGAGGAUAUGAAUAGUUACUGUCCCUCUGUAACCUCACAUAAUGGCUGUCUUUUUUCUUUUUGUCUCUGUUUUUGUAUCACACGGUCUGUCUGGGAGAUUGUUUUGUGCUGUGGCUUCAUUUUGUAUUCUGAGUGUGUGUGUGUGUGUGUGUGUGUGUGCGUGUGUGUGUUUGUUUAUGUACCUGUGAGAGAAUUGGAAAUUGAGCUGUGUAAUAAGCACUGUGCUUUCCCAGAUAGGAUUGCUGAAACUUCUUCCACAGUAGCGCGGCCAAAGAAAAAUAGGACUGAUGUAACUCAAAACAUCCUCUUGUUUUUUUCUUCUUUUUUUCUUUCUUUUUAAGUGGAAUAAUUAAAAAAACAGUAUGCACUUGGUAAUUAUAGUCCUGCUACUGGUGAUAACGAGGACAAAGGAAGUGGCUGUUGUAGUUUUUAAUUUUAUUCACCUUCUCCUCAGUUAGUCACAUUUGGAAGCAAAUCCCUUUUCCCUCCAUAAGGUGACUUAUUUUAACAGUAGUUUUCUUUUUUUCAAUGCCAUUCUCUCAAAUCCACCUCUAUAUGCUCUGUUUUCAAACCUGUUUAAAAUCACCAACAGCCACUGCAACAGUCACUUAUUUUACUGAAGUUUUCAUGUGAAAUAUUCCCUUUUUAAUUUUGCAUUUUCACUUUAGUAUAAAGUUUGUUUUCACUUGUGUUUUAAUUGUUUUGGCGUCUUAUUUUAUUCCAACAUAAGUAUAAUGCAAAUUACUUUUUUAAAACAAUAAACUUUGACUCUUUUUUUCUUAAUGAUGCGCAGUGUCCUAUUCAGUAUGUUGGAUGUUUUUUGUUUUGGGUUUUUUAGACGGAUGUGGAGGGUGAUCAUGGGUGUCUGGCCUGGAUUUGUCAGGACCCCAUGGAAAAAAAAUGCAAACCUAAUGUGAGUGAGAAACAAUUCAAGCUUGGGUCAUUUUUUUCCACUUCCUACAAACCCGCGCCACGGUCAAAGGUAGAGCAGGAAAUGAGUAAUCCGGGAAGACUUUGCUUCUGUUUUUUGAACAUUUAAACGUUCAGCUUGGCCGUAGUUUAAUACGGAGCACUGAGGAGUUUUAGAGUGAGACUAAUCUGUCUUUGUCUCUGCUGCUUCUGAGACUUUGAAAUGAUAAUAUGGCCCACAUCGUGUCUCCGGGUUCUCCCUGUAGCACACUUGAAAGGCUACUGCAGAACCAAGUGCCCAUUUAUCCUCUAAUAUGAUCAUUAACUCAAUAUCCAUUUCUUUGUGUGUGCGCGUGCGCGCGCGGCUUUAAGUUCAGAGCUCCAUGUUGUGACAAAAGUGCUGCUCUGAUGCGUCUUAUUUUCUAUUCACGGGUCUCAUCCUUUCUCCUGUGAUGUUAAAUAAAG